UGGAACCCGAAUUCAUUUUUUGCCAUCUGUGUACGUUCGCUUGCAGCCAGUGAAACUAAAUCAAGAUGAAAAUCUUCGCAGCUUUCUUCGUCGCUCUUUUGGCUGUUCAUGCCAGUACCCAAUCACCUGUAAGUGCUGAUGACAGCAGUACCAAGCAAACAGUUGUUGAAAUCCUCAACGAACUACUCAAAGUGUCCGCUGUACUUCUGGAAGAUGCCAAUACCUACGUGAAUGACCUCAAAGAAAACGAGCAAGUAAUUGCGGAUAAAUUGGCUUCCCUUAUUGCCAAGGAACUUGAAGACGUAAAUGGUAUCCUUGUGUCACUUGUGGAUGAAUUAAAAGACGGUGCCACCGAUGACGGAAAAUUCGUUCUUGGCUGCAUCGAUGCCGAGCAAUCAAAAGUCGACGCUGCUGUAGCAAAAACAAUCCAAAUCAUAGCCGAUAACGUCCUUUCAGAGGUUCCACUGAUUACUGACUUGUUGGAUGUUAUUUUGCGUCAAGCUAGUGAACUCCAAGAAGACGUUAAAUUGCAGACCGACAGUUUGGAUACCUGUGAUUCUGAAGAUUCCGAAUGCUUCAAAACUUUCGCCACCGGAGCUGUUAAAAUUGCCCAACAAAUCGCCAGUAACAUUGCAGAAGACUAUGACAUCCUUGUUACCGUCACCCAGUCAAUUAUCGGCGAUGUUGAAUCUUGGGAUAUUCGUGGAAUUCUUCGUGAAGACACGCAAGCCAUCUUCAAUGAGGUUGUUGAGUGCAUUUACAGCAAAUAAGUAUUCGUUUUAAGAAUAGUAUUGUUAAUGUAAAUAUUGUAUUCAAUUUGAAAUCAAUAGCUAAAUAUUUCAGUAUCAAUAGAGUGCUUCUUUUAGUGA